CUGUCUAAUAUUUGCAACGAAUUAAUUAAUUAGUACAUUUGAAAGUUCAUAACAAACUGUAAAUGCAUAACAAACUGUAACUGCACUGUGGGUAACGGUAUAGUGUCGCCAUCUAGUCGCCUCAGUGCAAAGUUGUGAGAUUCAUAUCACAAGUGUACGGUAAAAAAUAAUAUCAGUAAAGGGACUUGUAUCGAUCGUGCUGAUGAAAGUAGGAAUCCACCAUCGAAGCAGCUUACGGAUUCCCAACAGUGGUGCAAAAUGGUCAGUAACCUUCAUCGAUUCUAAACAGUUUUGAACAAAAAUAUUCAAGAAAUAGAAUAUUGGGCUUGUACGUCGACAUCAAACUGCAAUACUCGUGUGUACUGGUCGAGAAAGUAAACUUAACGAAAAAGUGCAUUGACUUGGAGGACGCAGCGUUGCAGUAGAUAAACAGCUACGUCGAAGGAAGGAUAAUUUCCGAUUUUCUUCGUUGGUCAGGAUCGUACAAUAAAGUGGCCUAAUGUCUGUAUGGUCGACAAGCACUGGUCGGAAUUCAGUGUUUGGUGUGGAGGGCGUACAACCUCCCUCCUCACACUUGGGAGGACAGACCUAUUCUCUGCACAAUAACAACGGGCACUGCUUUCACAAGCGGCUCCAUAAUUGUCAGUCAAAGAUGUCACAGUCCGGAGACGGUCUACAUACGCCGGGCUAUUUAUCGUGGAGAAAACUGCAGCUCAGCCGAGCUAAACUCAAAGCCUCCAGCAAGACGUCGGCGUUGCUCUCUGGUUUUGCCAUGGUCGCCAUGGUUGAGGUACAGUUGAAUAGCGAUACGCAGGUACCUGAUGGGAUGCUGAUAGCUUUUGCGAUUUGUACAACACUUCUAGUAGCAGUUCACAUGCUGGCCUUGAUGAUAUCUACCUGCAUUCUACCAAACAUAGAAGCUGUGUGCAAUUUGCAUAGUAUUAGCCUUGUACACGAAUCUCCACAUGAACGUCUUCAUUGGUACAUAGAAGUUGCGUGGGCCUUUUCGACGCUUCUUGGUCUUAUUCUCUUCCUUUUGGAAAUUGCGAUCCUGUGCUGGGUUAAAUUCUACGACUUCUCCGAAGUGGCUGCUUGGUCGGCUUGUAUAGUCCUGAUACCAGUUCUCAUUAUCUUCCUAGCCUUUGCGAUCCACUUUUACCGAAGUCUAGUGGCGCACAAAUACGAAGUUACCAUUUCGGGUAUCAGGGAACUUGAGCUUCUCAAGGAACAAAUUGAAUCAACUGAUGUUGAGGGUAGAAAUGGUGUCAAUCUUCUUCAAGGUAGUACCCAUAUCGUCUGAACCGUCUUCCUGUGGAUCAGGGUGAAGAAUGUUCAGUAUAGGAUAUACGUGGAGUUUCUCAUGUAUCUGUUUAUCUGCUUUUGAUACCUUGUAUCCUUCUAGAAGGUAGGCAGUAUACGAUUUUAUAUAACGUCGUGCGAUGUGAUCGUAUUAGGGAAAUUUAAUGCAACAGCUCUUAAGGAGUAACUGAUCGGGACAAAUAACCAGUGCUAAUAUGAUACAGAGGAUUAUUCAAGCGAUUGACAUCUUCUUUGGAUCAGUUGUUAGAUGAGAAGUCAUCGAUGACUGAACAGAAGAGGUACGGAGAUAAAUAUUGGUUUGUCUAGAGUAUAACUUUUUGGUCCGAAAAAUAUCUUUUUUUUUUUGGCAUUAUGCUUGAGUCCACUCUUGGAUAUAUUUCGGACUGUAACUUGGUAAAGUCGAAUAGUCUGGAAUUGGUUUUCUUCCUGUACAGUUCUGUCUAAUUCUAAGUUAUUUUGUAACGGACUGAGACUGUCUUCCUUCAUGAUAAUGUACUAUUCCUUUAUCAUGUACUAAAUAGACAUGGACUUACUUUCCUAUUGCAUGCUAUAGAGUUGGAUCAGUCUACUCGCAGAUCAAGUAACUACAAAAGUGGAAGACGGUAAAAUCACCUUGACGCCAUUGUAAAUACGAAUCUGAAACAUUCCCUUUCAUGCAUAGUGACUUAAAAUAAUGGCAGUGAUACGCUUCCGACAAGUAAAGUUCGGUCGACUCGCUCAAUACGAAUGGAUGAUAUAUAAAAAUUUAUUGUAACCAGUAAGAUUUAUAUUGAAGAAUCUUAAAUCUUAACUUAUAUCUUAUAUGAAAUAUCAUAACGUUCAACGAAACAUAAUCUAAACAAUUCACAAGGCUGAAAGAGUCUCGUCCAUUUGAUUCAGGAUUAAUAAAAAAUUCUAAAGCGUGUUUGCUAUUAUGAAUUGUUCUUUGUCUAUAGUUAUAUAUGUAUACAUAUAUACAUAUAUUAUAAAAUGCGUCCACGAUUUCACAGCUGAAUCAUUGGAAAUUUCUAUUUGAAUGGCAUUUUGAACUACAGCUGUUCGAGUUGAAAGGCUGAUUAAUCAAUGUUUGCGCUCUAAUCCUUAAUUGGGAAAUAUCUAUUUGGUGAUUCAGUUAGCUAUUAUCUCUGACACGUGUAGACCGACUAUCUGAAUUUAAUGUCGCUUCUAUUCACUGGUUGCGACGAUUUGUUCAUUAGCUUUUGAACUAAUGAGAUUUUUAAACCAUUCAUAAGCGCCAAUGCGGCAAAACGUAGCAAUAUUUUAAUAUGUGACAUCUAUACUUAAUAUUAUAUACAGACAUUAGUAUCUAUUAUGUUAUAGAUAUGAUUAUGUUGAAUAAACAGAAACGUAUUUGUUUAGAAAAAUGACAAGUACACUUCUACCAUGAGACAGAAUACAUAUAAAUAUAAAAAUUUUCUAUUCCCAUAUGAUACUAUAAACAUUUUCAAAAAGAACAGAUACCAAAUAUAUAGACUCAGCCUUCAGUCUCAAAAUGAAUGAUUUGUCAUAAAAAUUAAAUUAUUAAUUACCAAUAAAGGUAUACCAUGCUU